CCUUCAGGCUACCGUCGUGGUGACCGGAACGGCGCUUGAGAUUUACUUCCGGGCCUCCCUUUUGCUUCCCCCUUCCCUCCCUCACGUUUUUUUCCCCUCCCCCUGCUCCCGUUUCCCUUCAGUUUCUCUUUUUCUGGUGGAGGUCGGCUCCAGGCUCUGAGUCUGGGGUCUGGUGGAUGCAGAAGAGCCCCUGAAGCUGGAAGCCCGGAGGUGUGAGGAGUACUGGUAAUUGAGUUUUCUGUUCCAUGCAGAGGACGGAAGCAUGGCAUCCCUGCCUGGGUGUAUUGGCUUGGGUGCAGCCGCAGCCGCAGUGGAGUCGGAAGAGAUUGCAGAGCUGCAGCAAGCAGUGGUUGAAGAGCUGGGUAUCUCCAUGGAGGAACUCCGGCAGUUCAUUGAUGAAGAACUGGAGAAGAUGGACUGUGUCCAGCAGCGCAAGAAGCAGCUAGCCGAGUUGGAGACGUGGGUAAUACAGAAAGAGUCUGAGGUGGCUCAUGUUGACCAGCUCUUUGAUGAUGCAUCCAGGGCAGUGACUAAUUGUGAGUCUUUGGUGAAGGACUUCUACUCCAAGCUGGGACUACAAUAUCGAGACAGUAGCUCUGAAGACGAAGCUUCCCGGCCUACAGAAAUAAUUGAGAUUCCUGAUGAAGAUGAUGAUGUCCUUAGUAUUGAUUCAGGUGAUGCUGGGAGCAGAACUCCUAAAGAUCAGAAGCUCCGUGAAGCUAUGGCUGCUUUAAGAAAAUCAGCUCAAGAUGUCCAGAAGUUCAUGGAUGCUGUCAACAAGAAGAGCAGUUCCCAGGAUCUACACAAAGGAACCUUGAGUCAGAUGUCGGGUGAACUGAGCAAAGAUGGUGACCUGAUAGUCAGCAUGCGGAUUCUGGGCAAGAAGAGGACCAAGACGUGGCACAAAGGCACCCUGAUUGCCAUCCAGACGGUCGGGCCAGGGAAGAAGUACAAGGUGAAAUUUGACAACAAAGGAAAGAGUCUGCUGUCAGGGAACCAUAUUGCCUAUGAUUACCACCCUCCCGCUGACAAGCUGUUCGUGGGCAGUCGAGUGGUGGCCAAGUACAAAGAUGGGAACCAGGUCUGGCUCUAUGCUGGCAUUGUAGCCGAAACACCAAACGUCAAAAACAAGCUCAGGUUUCUCAUUUUCUUCGAUGAUGGCUACGCAUCCUAUGUCACACAGUCUGAACUGUAUCCCAUUUGCCGGCCAUUGAAGAAGACUUGGGAGGACAUAGAAGACGUCUCCUGCCGAGACUUCAUAGAGGAGUAUAUCACUGCCUACCCCAACCGACCCAUGGUGCUGCUCAAGAGUGGACAGCUUAUCAAGACUGAGUGGGAGGGCACAUGGUGGAAGUCACGAGUUGAGGAAGUGGACGGCAGCCUAGUCAGGAUCCUCUUCCUGGAUGACAAAAGAUGUGAGUGGAUCUAUCGAGGCUCUACACGGCUGGAGCCCAUGUUUAGCAUGAAGACAUCUUCGGCCUCUGCACUGGAAAAAAAGCAAGGGGGACAGUUCAGGACACGUCCAAAUAUGGGUGCGGUGAGAAGUAAAGGCCCUGUUGUCCAGUAUACACAGGAUCUGACCAGUACUGGGACCCAAUUCAAGCCAAUGGAGCCCCCACAGCCUACAGCCCCACCUGCCCCACCCAUCCCACCUACUUCACCUCUGUCGCCUCAAGCAGGUGACGCUGAAAGCUUGGAAAGCCAGCUUGCUCAAUCACGGAAGCAGGUAGCCAAAAAGAGCACAUCCUUUCGACCAGGAUCUGUGGGCUCUGGUCAUUCCUCCCCUACAUCCCCUGCACUCAGUGAAAGUGCCCCUGGUGGGAAACCUGCAGUCAACCAGACGUAUAGGUCACCUUUAGGUUCAUCAGCCUCUGCCCCAGCACCCCCGGCUCCUCCAGCACCCCCAGCACCCCCAGCACCCCCAGCCUUCCAUGGUAUGCUGGAGCGGGCCCCUGCAGAGCCCUCCUACCGUGCCCCCAUGGAGAAGCUUUUCUACUUACCUCACGUCUGCAGCUAUACUUGUCUGUCUCGGAUCAGACCUAUGAGGAAUGAGCAGUACCGGGGCAAGAACCCUCUGCUGGUCCCACUACUGUACGACUUCCGGCGAAUGACAGCCCGGCGCCGGGUUAAUCGCAAAAUGGGCUUUCAUGUUAUCUAUAAGACACCCUGCGGCCUCUGCCUUCGGACAAUGCAGGAGAUUGAACGCUACCUUUUUGAGACUGGCUGUGACUUCCUCUUUCUGGAGAUGUUCUGUUUAGAUCCAUAUGUUCUUGUGGACCGGAAGUUUCAGCCCUAUAAACCUUUUUACUAUAUCUUGGACAUCACCUACGGGAAGGAAGAUGUUCCCCUAUCCUGUGUCAAUGAGAUUGACACAACUCCUCCACCACAGGUGGCCUACAGCAAGGAACGGAUCCCUGGCAAGGGUGUUUUCAUUAACACGGGCCCUGAGUUUCUGGUCGGCUGCGACUGCAAGGAUGGGUGUCGGGACAAGUCUAAGUGUGUCUGCCAUCAGCUAACUAUCCAGGCUACUGCUUGUACCCCAGGGGGUCAGAUCAACCCUAACUCUGGCUACCAGUACAAGAGACUAGAAGAGUGUCUGCCCACAGGGGUAUAUGAGUGUAACAAACGCUGCAAAUGUGACCCAAACAUGUGCACAAACCGGUUGGUGCAGCAUGGACUACAGGUUCGCCUACAGCUAUUCAAGACACAGAACAAGGGCUGGGGUAUCCGCUGCUUGGAUGACAUUGCCAAAGGCUCUUUUGUUUGUAUUUAUGCAGGCAAGAUCCUGACAGAUGACUUUGCAGACAAGGAAGGCUUGGAAAUGGGUGAUGAAUACUUUGCAAAUCUGGACCAUAUCGAGAGCGUGGAGAACUUCAAGGAAGGAUAUGAGAGUGAUGCCCCCUGUUCCUCUGACAGCAGUGGUGUAGACUUAAAGGACCAGGAAGAUGGUAACAGUGGUACAGAGGAUGCUGAGGAGUCCAAUGAUGAUAGCUCAGAUGACAACUUCUGUAAGGAUGAGGACUUCAGCACCAGCUCAGUGUGGCGCAGCUAUGCUACCCGGAGGCAGACCCGAGGCCAGAAGGAAAAUGGACUGUCUGAGAUGGCUGCCAAAGACUCCCGUCCCCCAGACCUUGGGCCACCACAUAUGCCUGUCCCUCCCUCAGUCCCUGUAGGUGUCUGCAACCCACCUUCCUCCGAGGAGACACCCAAGAACAAGGUGGCCUCGUGGCUGAGCUGCAAUAGUAUCAGUGACGGUGCUUUUGACUCUGAUAGCCGCUCCUCCUUCAAGACUGGUGAAGGUAGCGCUGGGGGAGGCCGAGGGGAAGCUGAGAAAGCCACCGCCUCGGCACUGGGCAUCAAGGACGAGGGGGACGUCAAGCAGACCAAGAAGGAGGAACCUGAUGACCGAAGCAAGACAUCAGGAGCUACUGAAAGCUCUAGAAAUUAUGGUUACAAUCCUUCUCCCAUGAAGCCAGAAGGACUUCGCCGCCCACCGAGUAAGACAAAUCUACAUCAGAGCCGACGACUCAUGGCCUCUGCUCAGGCCAACACUGAUGAUGUUCUGACACUGUCCAGCAGCACAGAGAGUGAGGGGGAAAGUGGGACCAGCCGGAAGCCCACCGCUGGUCAGACUGCAGCCACGGCGGUUGACAGUGAUGACAUCCAGACCAUCUCCUCCGGCUCCGAAGGAGAUGACUUUGAGGACAAAAAGAACAUGUCUGGUCCAACCAAGCGCCAGGUGGCAGUAAAGUCAACCCGGGGCUUUGCUCUUAAAUCAACCCAUGGGAUUGCUAUUAAGUCAACCAACAUGGCCUCUGUGGAGAAGGGAGAUAGCGCCCCAGUUCGUAAGAACACACGCCAGUUCUACGAUGGUGAGGAGUCUUGUUACAUCAUUGACGCCAAGCUUGAAGGCAACCUGGGCCGCUACCUCAAUCACAGUUGCAGCCCCAACCUGUUUGUCCAGAAUGUCUUCGUGGACACCCAUGAUCUUCGCUUCCCUUGGGUGGCCUUCUUUGCCAGCAAGAGAAUCCGGGCUGGGACGGAACUGACGUGGGACUACAACUACGAGGUGGGCAGUGUGGAAGGCAAGGAGCUGCUCUGCUGCUGUGGCGCCAUCGAAUGCAGAGGGCGUCUUCUCUAGAGGACUGCCUUCCUCCUGCCCUGCAGACCCCUUCUUGAACUGGCCUUUCCUCAGGAACUGGGUCUUCCUGACCGUUGAACACUGAUCCCCUAGUCUCUAGUCUAGCUACUCCCCCAGCUCCUAGUAGGUAGAAACAGGGGUUCUGGGUCAGGAGAUCCCGCCCUUCAUGGUGCUAGCAGGCAGGGCUCCUUCUCAUCCUCCUGAGGCACCAGGAGGUGGGAGAAGACGACCACUCUAACCCGGGCCUGACCUCCCUUUAGCCCUGCCACGUCCCUCCCGUCCCACAUCGGUUCAAGUGUUGAUGCUCCCAACAGACGUUAUUCCUGGAAUGGGGACUGUGUAUCUGCUACCCCGGUUUGUAUUGUAUCCAGAAAAUCUUUUAACAAGAUGAUAAAACGAA